GGCUGAAAAUGUACAAAUGAACAACCCACUAAACCAACACAAAAUUACUACAUACUGAGUGCUAGAAAACAAUCAUGUCAUUUACUUGCAUUUUUUUCAUUGAACAAUGAAAUAGACUACACGUGAGGUGAUUAAGUUAAUAGGAACUAUAAACCACUACAUGUCACUGCAUGUCACUACACGUGAGGCGAUUUUUUUUCUCGCGAUCUCUGCUCCUCUCCAUCCGCACCGCAGCUCCUCCUCCAAGCCGCCGCCGUCGCCGCGACGCCCAGCGCCUUCACCCUCCGCUCGCUCCCGCCGGCGAAGACCACGUUCCUCCCCUCCCUCCCACGCCUGCCCUCGCCGAAGCGCGCGUCCGCAUUCUCCCCCGCCGCCGCCGCGACCCCCUCGCCCUCGUCUAGCGCUGGAUCGGCGGCGGUCGCCAUCGGCGGAGGAGCCAGAGAAUCACCCCAUGCCGCCGAAUCCUGGCCCUCAUAUGGAGUCGGUGGCGGAGGCGGAACCUGCCGUCGCGCCACCUGGGGCCGCUGCUGACCAGCCUGCCAUCGUACCGCCUGGGGCUGCGCCCGACGAUCCUUCCGCGGCGCCGGACAAGGGCGUCCACGCCGCCCCCGCCCCCAAGCAGGUGCAGUGGAACGAUUUCGGUGCCACCACCAGGGCCGCCGGGGCAGAUCCGUUCGGCGACCUCCAGCCAGGUGGAGCGGAGGACGCCUUCUUCGAGCAGUACUGCUACCGGGGAUCAGGGCGGCCAGGAAUCACUUCUAGGUGCCAGCAAUGCCAACGCACCAGAUCACAGCUUCUUCGCCGGAGCAGCUCAUGGAGCCCAUCGCCUCAUCAUGUAGGCAUUCUGCAUUGAGUGCUCUGC